AUGUCUAGGCUCAUGGAACCACUUGUUGUGGGAAGAGUGAUAGGAGAGGUGGUAGACAUUUUCAACCCAAGUGUGAGAAUGGAUGUCACAUAUUCCACUAAGCAAGUUGCAAAUGGUCAUGAGUUAAUGCCUUCUACCAUUGUGACCAAGCCACGCGUUGAGAUUGGUGGUGACGACAUGAGGACUGCUUAUACUUUGAUCAUGACAGACCCAGAUGCUCCAAGUCCUAGUGAUCCAUAUUUAAGGGAACAUCUUCACUGGAUGGUUACAGAUAUCCCUGGUACCACAGAUGUCUCUUUUGGAAAAGAGAUUGUGGGGUAUGAGAGUCCAAAGCCAGUAAUAGGAAUCCACAGAUACGUAUUCAUCUUGUUCAAGCAGAGAGGAAGACAAACAGUGAGACCCCCAGUUUCUAGAGACUAUUUCAACACAAGGAGGUUCUCAGAGGAGAAUGGCCUUGGCCUACCUGUUGCUGCAGUUUACUUCAAUGCUCAAAGAGAAACUGCUGCAAGAAGAAGGUGA